UUCUCAGACUCCGCCCGGGGUUGCAAUUGCCGCCAUUUCCGAGUCCCUCUGGUACUUUCACUUUCACACUCGGUAAAUGCUGCCAGAGGACGGUACGUUUAUCCCUGUGGAACGACAGGAUUUUUUUUAAAACUUGCUAGAAAAGGCGGUGAUCAAACGGCAGCUAUUUGAUACCCAGAAGUAGCCGGGCAUCUUGAUGAAAUGAAAUAACUUAUAGUUUGAGGACUAUCUCGACAAAGGCUGAGGCUUUCGGAAGGACAGACCGCCCCCUACGCGCCAUGACCCGUCUCCGGAGGAUCCAUCCGAUCACGUUACACUGAGAUGAAAGGUCUUUCAAUCUGCCACAGCUCCACAGCCAGCUCCUCCCUACCUGGUUUCAUCAUUUUCUUCAUUACAUUUUGUGUUCACAAGCUGGAAUCAGCUCGGUUCACAGUGAUUGGACCUGAUCACCCUGUCACUGCCAUUGUGGGUGAGGACAUUGUGUUACCCUGUCACCUGUUCCCCAGGAUGAGCGCAGAGAACAUGGAGGUGAGAUGGUUCCGAUCUGAGUUCACUUCAGUUGUGCACCUGUAUCAGCAUGGGAAGGAUGAGUAUGGGCAGCAGAUGCCAGAAUAUCAUGAAAGGACGGAGCUUUUGAAAGCCGGCAUCAUGGUUGGAAAUGUUGCCUUGGGGAUUGUGAAUGUCAGACCCUCUGAUGAAGGACAGUACCACUGUUUUGUUCAAGAUGGUAUCUUUAAUGAAGAAGCUGUAUUGGAACUGAAGGUAGAAGCUUCAGGCUCUGCACCUCAAAUCUCUGUUGAGGGUUAUCAGGAUGGAGGGAUCCGAAUAGUGUGUCAGUUGGCUGGAUGGUACCCAGAGCCCGAGGUGCUGUGGAGAGAUCGCAGAGGGCAGCUUUUAUCUCCCUCGACUGAAACAAAAUCCCAAGAUGGACGUGGGCUCUUUGAAAUAAAAAGUUCUAUCAUUAUAACAGAAAAUUCAAACCAGAAUUUAGCCUGUUCGAUAAGGAACGCUUACUUCAGCCUAGAAGAGGAACCCUCAACUUUUUAUAUAUCAGAUUUCUUUUUCCCAAGAAUGUCUCCUUGGCCGGUGGUUUGGAGUGUGACUCUGGUGAUUUCGUUGGUGUUCGUCAGCCUUACUCUUUUUCUGCUCAAAUUAAGAGGGAAACAUCUCAACACUAUCAGUAAACUUCAAGUAGACCUAGAGUGGAGGAGAUCCCUAAGCGAUGUAGUGAGAGCGAAUGUGACUCUGGAUCCAGACACGGCUCAUCCCUACCUCGUCCUGUCUGAGGGUGGGAAAAGUGUGAGAUGGGGAGACAUAGAGGAGGAUCUGCCCGGCAACCCUGAGAGAUUUGACUAUUGGGAAUGUGUGCUGGGCUGUGGGGGAUUCACCGCGGGGAGACAUUGCUGGGAGGUGGAGGUGGGGGGUGAAGGAUACUGGGCUGUGGGGGUGGCCAGAGAGUCUGUGGGGAGGAAGGGAGAUAUCAGCCGUAGCCCUGAGGGGGGGAUCUGGGCUGUGGGGUGGGACUGGUGGGAGGGUCAGUUCCGGGCUCUCACCUCCCCUGUGACCCUCCUGCCCCGGCGCCGGGCCCCCAGCAGGAUCCGGGUUUGUCUGGACUGUGACCGGGGUCAGGUGACAUUUAUCGAUGCUGGUGACGAGGCCCCGAUCUUCACUUUCCCGCCGGGCUCCGUCCCUGGGGAGAGAAUCCGCCCCUGGCUCGGGGUGUGGGAUACAGACACCUGGCUCCGACUGUGUCCCUGAGACCCACCGCAGAGGGGGAGCCGGAAAUCAGCCUCUCUAGCCUCACGGACCCCCGUCUCUAUGACCUUGGAAGACUCCCAUCGACCCAACCCCUGGCCUCUCACCUCUAUGACCCCUGGAGGCGCCUCCCCCUCCCUCCCUGCAGCCCCAGGGAUGGGAGGGGGAGGGGGAGGAGCCCCUGGGGCUGCAGGAGGGGCAGAGGGGCCCUGAGGGGCAGAGGUGGGGGCUGGGCAGGGACCCAGCAUGAAUCAAUGAGGGUUUGGGGGGUUGGGGAGAAGCAGCAGCAGCAGGGAGCGGUUUGUACAGAUGUGUCCUUAGAUCCCAUUGGGGUCUCCCAGCCUGGGAUCAGCAAUUGGGGAAGGGAUAAAAUCAGGGAAAGAAGAGAGCAGCCAAGGGGGAUGAUCUGUGACAGGGAGGAGAGACACAGGAAAAUAACCAGGGCUGGAAAGUGAGGGCUAGAACAAUAAUGAAUAGAAAAGGAGAGUAGGAAAGGAAAGGGAAUGUGGGCAGGACGGGGAGAUUUAUGACAUGUUGCUAAAAGUGAGACUGUCACUCAUUAAUUCCCUAUAUUAAUUCCUGGCCAUUGGUGCUAUUUUAGUGCCAUAAAGAAAACUUUCAGAGUAACAGCCGU